AUGCGGGUAGGUGGCGCGGGUGCGCACCUUUGGGGGGCGCUGUGGGGCGGGUGGCGGGCGACGCAGCGGCUGCGCCGGCACUUUAGCACCUCCUCGCGUCGUUUGGCACUCGAGCGAGUGGAGGUGGCGCACUCGCAGUCCUCCACCCGCCGGGGCGUCCCGAUUGGUUUCACGUCUUCUGUUGGGAGCGGCAACAGUGGCGCCUCCGCGGCGGCAUCGUCGUCGUCGGCUGCUGCCGGCACUGGGGAUGUGCUUGCCAACUACGUGAGUUUCCUCGCCGAUGACACGACGGCGCCGGCGGCAACGAAGGAGAACGGGGCGCAGCCACUGCGCUCCUUGCGCUCCGUGGCGGCCGCCGAGGCCCUCUUCUUCAAGGAGGAGGCGAAGAACUACUGCCGCCUCUGCAUGGAGGAGUCACAGACAACGCCCAAGGCGCACAUAGUGACGGCCUACCGCGCGAGCCACACCAAUCACACCUGUCGUGAGGUGGUGUUGGAUACUUUGGCGCUGUUGGCUAUACGGGGCUACCCCAUCGACGACAUCUACCUCGUCUGGUCCGACGUGCUUUACCGCGAGCCCAUGUUCCAGCGCAUCCCGGAGCUUGUCUCGCCGCGCUGGAGCGUGGACCAGCGCAGCGAGGUCCUGGGCAAGCUGCUGGGAACGCUCAAAGCCAUGGACGUGCUUGACCUCUCCCUCGCCGCUCAGGCCCCGGACACCUUUGACAAUGCCUCGCAGCAGAUGCACCACCGUCGGCGUGUGGCGUUUGAGCGACUGGAGUACAUUGGCGACAAUUCGUGGGGAAACCACCUCUCCAAUCGAAUGAUGAUGCUCUUCCCCGAUAAGCAGUGGACCUACAGCCAGAACGUAUACUCCUUUAACUGUUUUCGCGACGCCUGUGAGAUGAAUGUGACGCUGGAGUUUAUCUUUGAUACCCUUCGCAUCAGUGACCUCUUGCCGCCCGGCGUCCGCGAGAAGUUAGGCACGGGGAAGAUAAAGGCGGAUGUGGUGGAAGCCGUCAUUGGUGAGCUGCACGUCACACUUUGGGGCCUGGAACCGCAACUCUACGACUCCGCCUGUUUUGUGGAGAUCAACGGGGUGGGGGAGGCGCGGGUCUCGGCUGUGGUGCAGCACUGCCUGACGGAAAUCUACGACCUGAUUGUACUCUCGUACGUCCAAGAGCUGAGCGGCUCGGCGAUCCCUCUCGCGAAGGAGAUUGCGGCGGAGCGAAUUUGGGGCCAGGCGCACCCGCCUGUGCGGAAAACAAAGGAUCGUGCCGGGGCUGCGCGUAAGGGGCGGUCCUCCACGACAAAUGUUAUUGGUGUGGGCGAGGUUCGCCAGCUCCCUGCACUCCCAUCCCUCUUUGCGGUGCCGACGCCGACGCCGGACAUUGUCCCACAUCCUCUGCGACAGCUACGUUUGGUGGGGGAAAUUCCUGAGGAAACCGUUUGCGCACACACCCGCACCGACGUCUUUGUGCGCUUCAUUGAUAGCUUCGCCGCGUUGGGGCUCUUGGACGAUCGUCGCGCGGGCACCAUGAACGUGCGACGGCGCCGUGAUGUGCAGUUCCAGUCACUCAAGCGGCAGAUGGUGCCCUCACUGUCGCUGGACCUGCAGGACGCGGCGGACGCCGAUGACGUCGACGCAGCCGAGGCAACGGCGUCAGCUAUCGAUGGCAUGCAUGCCGCGGCGGCAGGGCGGGCGCUGGACUUGGAGGAGGUGUACUUCCGCGACGCCUGCUACAACCUUUUUCCCUCGCCCAUGUCUGCUGCCGCGGUCGCGGACCUGCAUGCGAGCCGUAGGGCUCUGACUGUUGUUGUGUCGGCGAGCGAAGAUGCGGGGCGUUGCAGGGGCUACACAGAGCAGCUGCAGAUGGCGGCAGCGGCGAUGUACCCACCGCUGCAUGCCACGCCCACGCUGGCGCCGGAGAACGCGACGGUGAGAGGCGAGCGCAGCUGCCUCUUUGCGGCCUCGGUUUACGUACCGCCGGGCACGAAGACGCCCUCCGCGGGGGUGGUGACGGAUAAAAAUCUGCACUUUGGUGAGUUUGCCUUCCUGCCCGCUCCGGCAGGGACGACGCAGGAGCCGCAGGCGUCAAGGGAGGCGCAUGGCACAGAUGCGACCGGCGGCGCAACAGGACGCGACGAGGCCGCCGCUGCCGCAAAGGUGGUGGCGGAGGUGGCGGAGGAGGAGGAGGUGGUGGAGGUGGCGGCAGAGGCCACUCCGGCGGGCGGCAGUAGUGGCGGCGAGGACGCUGCGGGGGCGUCACAGGAAGUGCGGAUGCAGGCGCAGGCCAAGUGGCACCGCGAGAACCCAUACUUCGCCUCCCGAGCCGUUCUUCCGCCACGAGCCUCCUCCGCGGGACGGGGGUGA